AAAACAACACAACAAUACACACAUAACGGACUAAAAUAAUUUAUUACUGAAAUUAUUUUUUAUUAUUAUUAUUAUAAUUAUCUGUAUCGGUGCUCUACAUCAUCAUCACUAUCCAUCAUCAGCAGCAGCAUCGGGUGAUUUUAACAUCAAUAACAUCCAGUGCAUCCCAAAUAGAUAAAUCCCAUUGACUAUUGACACAUCCGUGUAUGUGUGUGUUAGACACCUACCUGUCCACCACCUCAUCAUCCCUGUGCGCUAUCCCAUACACAAAGUGCUACAACACAUUAACUAUUUAAAAAACCAUGAUUUUUGGUGAAUCGCUAAAAGUCCGGCAGUUUUUCAUACUGUUAUGGAAAUGCUAUCUAAUCCGGAAACGACACUACAUCUGGACAUUCUUCGAGAUAAUGCUACCGAUAUUCAUAGCCAGUGCCGCCCUGAUAGCCAACAGUGGCGGCAAAUCGGGUACGACUGUCGAGGAUCCGAUCCGCUAUAAACCGGUAGCCGUCGGCAAAAAUUUGCGAUCAUAUUAUACACUAUUGUAUACACCGGUCAACGAGUUUACCAUGAAUUUGAUGUCCAGGUUGACCGAAUCGGUUGACUGUCGGGGUGUUGAGUCGGCCGACGAUUUGAAUAAUAUUAUUAUGAGUGAAAUACCGUUUACUAUAUCCGAUUCGGUAGAGAAACUACUACUCGGCCUACAGGAAAACGAGACCAUUGCGGGCGUUAUAUUUGAUAUGUCCGAUGUUGGCCGCCAUCAUCUGGCCGUCGGUAACGAUACUGUAAUGCCGUUGAAACUAAACUAUACCCUAAGGGUCAGGGAUUUUGAGCUCCAGUCGGAGGCGUUCCCCAAGAAACAAGAUUUCGGUCCAUUUCCUAACGCCGAUCAUUAUAUCCGUAAAAACUUUGUAGCCGUACAGGUGCUCAUCAACUAUGCCUACUUGCAGAUGCUCGGUGAACAACUAUACCCGGAGGGUAAAGCACCGGCAAUACCCGAAAUCCGUGAGAUCCGGGCCCGUCGAUUCCCGUUUCCUAAAUAUAUCAAACAUCCCAGGUUUCAAGUGUCGAUAAUUAGUCGGUUUUUUCCGGGAACCGGUAAACUAAAUACUCUGCAGCUGACCAUCGAGUACUGUACAGUCCUGGGGUUUGUCGUUAUGAUUGUCCUAUUGAUUAAGUCGAUAGUCGAUGAAAAAGUCAACCGUGCCCGUGAAAUGCUACGGUUGAUGGGUAUGUCCGAUUGGAUCUACUAUUUCUCCCAGUUUGCCAACACGUUCACAAUAAUGGCCGUCCAGUCGCUACUGUUAACGGCCAUGUUUUGUAUGACACCCAAUGCCCAGUUGAAAGGUGCCAAUCCGUCGCUAGUCUAUACGGUUAUGUUGUGCUACUCGGCCUCGGCCAUACUGUACGGUAUGAUGCUAUCGGUAUUUUUCAAAAAACCAACCAACGCCAUGAUUAUCGGGUUUAUCGUAUGGUUGGGUGUUCAGGAAAUAGCGGGAAUGUUAUUCGAGAAACGGGCCGGACUUACCGAAACAUCGGGACUAAUCAAAACACCCGAAUGGUUUCAUUUGGUCCUAUGUUUGAUACCUAACUACGCCCUGAAAGUGGUCAACGAGUUGCUGGUCGAGUGCGAAGUCUAUGCAGCUUACGGUACAUUUGUCCAACAAUAUCGGGUCUACUCAGCCGACUGGCCAAACUUGCGCAAUGUUCUACCCCUAUAUCAAUACCUAAGCAUACUGUCCGUUAUGGCCGCUAUGUUGACCUCGUGCCUGAUCUACGGGUUUAUUAUCUGGUAUUUCGAUGUUUUUCGGGUCUAUAACCAGCACAGCAAUGUCCGCUGCAAAACACUGGACGGUGUCGACAACGAGGCCUUUACCGGCGGCGACCAAAAAGGCAAACAACAGGACCCGAAUCGGUACUUUGAGAGCGACCCGCAAUCCCUACGGGUCGGUAUUGUUGCCGACCAGUUGCGCAAAGAAUUUGCCGAAAAAGUGGCCGUCAAAAAUGUUACCUUAAAAAUCUAUCACGGCCAGAUAACUGUCCUAUUGGGACAUAACGGUGCCGGUAAAACAACAUUUGCAUCGAUGCUAACCGGCCUGUAUUCGCCAACAUCGGGCAAACUGAUGGUCGACGGUAUCGACGCUAUUGCCAAUCCGGAAGACGCCCGCAAACUGAUGGGAUUGUGUCCGCAACACGAUGUCCUCUACGAUGAGCUGACCUGCGAGGAACAUCUCCGGUUGUUUGCCACUAUUAAGGGUUGUCCUGAACCCCGGGUAUCGGCCGAAAUCACUCAAAUACUGGAUCAGUUGGGACUCAGUUUUAAACGCCGAGUACUAUCGGCCGACCUGUCGGGCGGUAUGAAACGUCGUCUAUCGUUAGGUAUGGCUAUGAUUAACAGUACAAAAAUCCUGAUUCUGGACGAACCGACUUCGGGUUUGGAUCCCGAAGCCCGUCGGGGUGUCUGGGAUUUCUUACUGUCCAUUCGUAAGGAACGGCUGAUUAUGCUAUCGACUCAUUGGAUGGAAGAGGCGGAUGUAUUGGGCGACCGUAUAGCCAUUAUGUCUCAGGGACGGGUCAUCUGCUGCGGGACAUCCGUUUUCCUGAAGAAAGCCUACGCUGGGGGCUAUCAUCUGAGGAUUGCCAAAUCGGAUGACUUCAAGACCGACUCAUUUCAGCCGUUUAUACGUAAAUUUUUACCGAACGUUUCCCUCGAGAACGAGACGGCCAACGAAAUCCGAUUCGGUAUCGAUUCGGAUGAUUGCCGAUAUUUACCCGAAUUUUUCGAUGAAUUAGAUAAACAAAAACAAAAUUUGGGGGUAUUUUCCUGUGGUGUUAAUGUGUCGUCAAUGGAUGAUGUCUUCCUGAAGGUAAUCGAUGUCGAAAGCAAUAAAAAACAAAUGUCGCCCAGAAAGUCCGUCCAAUUGGAAAAUGGCAUACAUUUUAAUAACAACAACAAUUAUAAUGGGGGUGACUUCAAAAAGUUUACCGAUGUCCAAUCGGGUAAAGUUGAAUCGGGACGGGAGCUAACAAUGUUGAAACUUAGGGCACUGUUGGCCAAACGGGCACACGAUAUCAAACGUAGUACCCGUACGGUCGUACCCAUUAUGGGCAUAGCUAUUGGCUGUAUAUUUGCCGUAUUGGGUCUGAUUGAGACUACAGUUAACUCGACUAAUCGGACGCCUAACUGGCGCCUGGAUAUGGAUACCCAAAGUGCCGGCUAUGACCCACAGUUGUUCGGGUUUUACUACGAGUUGGGUCGACUACCCGAAUCCUAUGGACAGUAUUAUUUGCCCGAAGCUGGUCGGGAACACAUACAGGCCUACGAUUGGAAAGUGGAUCCAACGGAGAAGCUCUUGAAUGAUUCAAUUAAGGAUCUGAAUGUCUAUAGGGAACGUUGGCUGGUGGGUGCCUCCCUUGAAAAAUAUCGUAACCGUAAUGUGUAUAUUGCCUGGUAUAACGGAGAAGCUCAUCACAGUCUACCGAUUAGUGUGAAUGUAUUGUAUAAUGCAUUGUUGAAAAAAUUGGUGGCCGAGUCCAACACCAGUCGUAUAUCGCCCGAUGAUGUCGGCAUACGACUACAUCAGCAUACGUUUGAACAUUUUAAUCCGCACUCGGCUUUUCUACCGUUUUUCGGACGUGUCUAUAAUAGUAUUUUCAUACCGUUUUCCGUAUCAUUUAUUGCCGCCUUUUACGUACUGUUCCCAACUCAUGAACGGGUGUCAAAGUCUAAAUUAUUACAAUUGAUGACCGGUUUGAGUAUCAGAUUGUAUUGGUUAUCAAAUUUUAUAUUUGAUUAUACAAUUUAUUUCAUCUAUUUUGUUACAAUGUUUAUGAUAUUACUUAUAUGGGACCGGGCCUUCCAGUAUGGCCUAUAUUUUUCACGAUUAUCAUCAACUGUUGCAUUUGUAUCGCUAUUUAUAUCAUUUGGUUGGGCAGCCAUACCGUUUGCCUAUCUGGUCUCAUCCCUAUUUCGCAAACCGUCCACCGCUUUCGGCAUACUGUGCCUGAUAUCGGUCAUUACCGGUAUAGGUAUGGGUGUUAUAUCGACUUUUUUCGAGACAAUCCUCGAGGAAAAGUCAUCGGCCGAAGUCCGCGGCCUGUUUUACUCGCUUAUGUGGUUUGCCCGACUGUCACCAGUAGUUAGCCUAGUAUUGGGUACACAGAAAUUAUUUUCACUGGACUCGACCCGGUUGGUUUGUGCCCAAUUUCAACAAUCAUUGAGGGCUAUACUGUGCGGUAUAUAUGCCGCCUCCCAGCGCUCAAACCCGGAGCUCGAGGAGCUUAAGAUACUUAAGCCGGAGCGCUGUUGCGAUGAGGUUUGCGGUAAUGAGUGUAUCUUUCAGCACCCGUUUUUCUGGUUCAACUGGUUAGGUGUUAACGAUGAGAUAGCUAUGUUGGUAAUGGACGGCAUACUCUACUGGCUCAUCCUAUUUGCUAUCGAUACCAAUGCACUGGGAGGUGGCGGCGGCGGUGAUGGAGGACAGGGUAGCGGCGGCACUGGCACUGGUAGUCGAGGUGGCAGUGGUGGACUCAGUGGCCGAUUGAUGGCCGUACUGAAAGGUGUACGCAAUCUGUUCAGUGGCCAUACAAAACGGUCGUUUACAUUGAAGACGAUGAAAGCGCCGAAUACGUCGGACAAUGAUGUCCUGGACGAGCGGCAACGGGUGGACAAAAUCAUUGCCUCACAUCAUAUGGCCGACGAAGCCAUAGUUGUCCAAAAUCUGACCAAAAGGUACUCCAAUGGGAAGUUUUUGGCCGUCGAUCAGUUGAGUUUUGCCGUCGGUAAAGAACAGUUUUUCGGUCUACUGGGUAUCAACGGUGCCGGCAAAACAACAACGUUUCGUAUGCUAACCGGUGACCUCCGAGUGACCAACGGUAACGCUUAUGUAGCCCAAAGUGAUCUGAUGAACGAUCGGGCCGUUUAUCAGUCGCAGAUUGGGUAUUGUCCACAAUUUGAUGCCCUAUUGGACAGGUUAAACAGUUUCGAGACCCUAUACUUGUAUGGCCGGCUCCGGGGUAUACCCGAUCGGGAUAUAGCCUUGGAGGUCAAUAAAUUGAUCAAAAAAGUUGACCUACAAAAUCACGCUCAACGUAAAUGCAAAAACUAUUCGGGCGGUAAUAAACGCAAGCUAUCGCUGGCCAUGGCAUUGAUCGGUUCGCCACCGGUUGUCCUACUGGACGAACCGACAUCGGGUGUCGAUCCAGUGGCCCGACGUAAAAUGUGGGUCGCCAUCAGCGACAUACAGUACAACUCCGGUUCCUCAAUCAUACUGUCCUCUCAUUCGAUGGACGAAUGCGAAGCCCUGUGCGAUCGUAUAGCCAUUAUGGCUGCCGGCCAAUUCAAAUGUGUCGGUUCAACCCAGUACUUGCGCACCAAAUUUGGCCAGGGCUAUUCCCUGAUCAUCAAAUUGAAACCCGAUUUGGUUGCCCAAAAUGAGGACUACCUGGACGACGUACAGGUAUACGUUGAGGAACGGCUAGAAAAUGCCCAACUCAAGGACAUACAUCAAACAUUAAUUUUCUAUCAUGUACCACCCGGUCCCGAAACUACCUGGUCCAAACUGUUCCAGUGUAUGGAACUGGCCAAACAGGAACUCAAUCUCGAGGACUAUCAAGUAGGCGAUACCACUUUGGAACAGAUAUUCCUAUCGUUUGCCAAAUCGGCUUCGGCUACUACUCAGGACCGGCCAAAACGGCUAUCGUUGGCCGAUAUUGCCGAAAUUGUUUAACGGGUUGGGGGAGGGGAGGGGGUGGGGUGGGCAGUGUGUAGUGUAGCCGUAAAAUUUCAGCGCACCGGUAGUUAUUAUUAGACAGCACUGGUAGUUCAGUUAGUUAGUUAGUUAGUUGUUUGUAGUAUUUAAAAAAUAGUAGUUAUAGUGAAAAUGAUC